UGGAACCGCUCCCCAGCGCGCAAGGCGGUGAAUUCUUACAGUGGAAAUCCGAGACGACCUUCAGAGGGCCGAAGACGUAGAACUGUCCGACGGUGAAGCCCGCCUCCAGGAUGAUCUUGAACACCAGCUGGGUGAGCAGCGCCCAGGACGAAGAUCCUGAACACGAAGAGGACGCUCAUCCAGAUCUUUCCCACCACGGUGGAAUGAGCUUGGACCUUGUGGAGAAGAUUGGACAGGUACGACCAGUCGCCCAUGGCAAAGAACUAACAUCUGAAGGAGAGGAAGGCAUCCUGGUGUCAAAGACCCGCCUGAGAUCCGCUGCCAUCAUGGGGGAGUGGUCCUUCCUGUCGGAGAUGUUGGACAAGGUCGAAUCGCACUCGACGAUAUUUGGCAAGGUCUGGAUGAGCGUUCUUUUCGUCUUCAGGAUCUUCAUCCUGGCGGCCGGCGUGGAUAGAAUAUGGGGAGACGAACAAGCAAACAUGGACUGCAACACCAAAAGCCCCGGCUGCAAGAAUGCUUGCUACGAUGCGUCCUUCCCCAUAUCUCACACGCGCUUCUGGGUGCUCCAGAUCCUCACGGUCUCGACGCCCACGUUCAUCUAUCUGGGUCACGUCCUGCUUGUCAUCCGCAGAGAGAAUAAGCUUCGGCGACACCUGGAGCAAAAACGGGACCUGAUCAAGACGCUCAAGUCGCCCAAAUAUUCCGACGAACAUGGCAAGGUGAAGCUCAAAGGCUUCCUGUUGCUCAGCUACCUGAUGCAGCUUCUGUUCAAGAUCUUGCUGGAAGUGGCCUUCGUCGUGGGCCAGUACUUCAUCUACGGCUCCAUUCUCAUGCCGGAAAAGAUUACGUUCCGAGGCGGAAGCUGUAUAACCGACACCAACUGCUUCAUCAGCCGUCCCACUGAGAAAAACGUCUUCAUCGUCUUUAUGUUGGCCAUGGCGGUCUUCUCUGUCAUGCUCAACAUCACUGAAAUGUUCCAUCUGAUGAUCUUAAAGUUGAGGCAUCGCAAAAGGAGGGGCGCCGGCUCAUUUCUUUCCGAGUGAAUGGGCCACUGGGACAAGAAUGCCGGGCACACGGUUUCACUUGCGAACUUCCAGAAAUACAUUCCUUCUCUUCUGGCAGUGACACACAGUG